UUGGCAUGCUACGCCUUCUGUUCUUAAUGACCCUCGUAUUUCGCUGCCAGUCGAUGUUAUUACUUGUUGAGCUCGGAGACACAGCUUCGAUUCCUUGCGGAGACACACUGCCUCUACCACACGAGAACCGCACGGACAUUGGCGUGGCAAACUUCGCAGUCGAGUGGCGGAAUUCCUCGGGCUUCGCGGUGAACGACGAAACGGUGGACGCCUUCUCCGGUCUCCUUCGAAUCCCCAGCGUAGGGUUCGCUGAUUCCGGAAACUACACUUGCACCACUCAGGUCCCCGAUGGCAUCCAGUUGCGUGUCACGCAGUUUUCCCACAUUUUGCAAGUUUACGAAGAGCCCUUGAAUGGACGCUGCCAGUGCGGGUGUCAGAUGAUAGAUGAUCUCUGCUUGGGAUGUCCUCCAGGAUACUACGGGGAAGAUGGCAAGUGCCACCCGUGUGCUAUAGGACGAUACAAUCCCUACCAUGGUGCUUCUUGCUGUCUCAAUUGCCCCGCGUUUCAUAUCACCUGGGGACAUGCUGCCACGGAAAGACUGCAGUGCUCAGGCGCUGUGCAUGACUACGUUCUCGGCUUUGGACUCCUCGCUGCUCUGGCUCUGUGUGCUCACGGAUUCUACAAGUUCUGUGGUCCCAUAUUCCUAGAAGCAGUUCGCGACUAUCUCGAAGAGGAGCCCUUGAAGCGUCCACCUCCACCACCUCUUGAGGUUCCUCACAUUUCGGAAGAACGUUUGGACAUCGAACCACCAGAUGACACUGAAAGAGGUUUCUGCGCAAGGUUCUCCACCAGGUUGUUCAAUAUUAUGAUGUCCGUCCUUCCCAACUACAGUCGUCGCCAUUACGUUCCUCUGCAGGACAAAGAGUCUCCUUCAAACUCCUCAUCUCCACCUUCGUUCGAACGGACGGACGACUCUACAAUAUGUGUCACAGAUGAAGAGGACGACGACCAACAACGUCAUGACAUUGACGCUCCUUACGUGUCCCCACCUAUCGUUGUACAUCCUAUUCCCACUCCCAAAGAACCUCCUUCGAAAGAAACGGUAGACGCCACAGAGUGGCAAGAUUAUUCAGUGGCUUUGACCAGUGGACUUCCUGAAGAUAACGUGUCACGCUCAAAUUACAGAGUUCGAGUAAGGAACGCGGGCGUUCUAUCAAUAGACAAUGCGAGUGUGGAACGCGGAGCGACGUCAUCACUUACUCUGUCUGACCGCAGUGACAGUCUUGUAGACUUUGACGCGGAAGAUAUUUUGGGAGCGACAUCACGAUCGAGCAUUUUUCCAUAUAUUGCACCCUCAAAGGAGCGCUCUCUAAGCGAAUUUAUAUCGUCCACAUCGCCACCUAGAGUCUCGUGCCUGACAUCACCCCGCACGGCUUUGUCAGCAUCACUCGAAAUGCUGGAACUUCCCGAAAAUUUGUCCAUGUCGCGCGCUGAUCGCCGUCGAGAAACCAGCGAUGAACCGACGACACGGUCUCGUUAUCCUGUGCAGGGCCAGGACGAAAGAACGGCCUCAUCAGAAAACCGGUCGUUUCAUUCAUUUGAAGAAUCUAGUUUCCCACUGGAGCUACGAAGCUUCCCGUCUUCUUCUUCCGAGACACCUCCUCUUUCACCUUGGCAGGAUAGCAGUAAAAGCACGGCGAAGGACGCGCUAUCGAAGAGUGACGGUGAACGAGGUGUCCCUCCAUCGUCCACUUUGAAACUUUUACCUAGCGAUUGUUACGUAAUGAAGAAAUCGGCCGAUAGAAGCGAGUCUUCGAAAAGCGACACCGCUUGCAGCGUUGUCAUUGGCCACUGGACGGCGUCUGAUUUUGGUGAUGAUCGGAGCAAUAAAUAAUUCUCUGUAUGA